AUGGAAUAUUGUGCCCGAAUGAACAAACCAAAUUCUAAAGUGAAGGAGGAGUACAGCGUUGCUCCACCAUUGGAGGUCCUACUUUGUGGAGGAAAUUCAACACCCUUCUCUCUUCAUAAGAAGUUUCGACAAUGGGCUUCUAAAGAUGAGGAUUCUUCUGCCUUAUUGUUUCCAACGUAUGGAGCGACGGAAUGCUUACCCAUUUGCUUAACCAAUACAUGGGAGCUUGAGAAAAUUUAUGAAACAGAGGAAAUUCAAUAUUCUGUGUCACGAGGAUACUGUGUUGGAAAGGAAUGCCCAAAUGUGACUGUUCUCAUUCGAAAUCAAGAAAAGGUAUCGGGCGGCAACAUUGGAGAAAUUUGGAUUGGUGGAAAAGCGGUGAGUCCAAGAUACGAACUCGAUAACACAGCCAUGCUACAAACUAAGGAAAUUAUUGAUGGAGUUCUAUUUCACAAAACAGGUGAUAUUGGAUACAAGGAUGAAAACGAAAUGGUUUGGUAUUGUGGCCGAUUAAGCCAAACCUUUCAUGUCAUACCUGCCAAGGGCGAUCGAUCAAACAAAUCACUAGAAGAACCUCUGGUGAUCAUUCCAGCUUGUAUCGAGCAUGCAUUUUACAACAAAUUCCCUAGCAUGAGACGAUGUGCUUGUGUUGGUUAUUCACCUAUAACUAAACAAACCAACGUCAUACUCAAGCUCAAUGAAAAGAAUUUCCUUUCGAGGUAUAAUGAACUGUCAUUUCAAGAGAUGGCAAUUGUGUUCGAAACAUUUGGAAAUGAGAAAAUCGAGUCUUCCAUUCUCGAAGAAUUUUGGAAUAAUACAAUUCUGUCAAAUCCAGAAACACCAGAAGAAUUCUCGAAUCUUGCAAUCCGUUUCGUUCAGCAGAAAUCUCUUCCAGUCGAUAAUCGUCAUAACUCAAAGAUUGAAAUGACACGACUUGCUUUAGAUUUAAAUCGAUCAAUGAUUGUAAAAUAA